GAGGAGAUUUAUGCUGUUUAUCUGUUGAAUAUCAGAACAUUCAUUAGCAGGAAACAUCACUUUAUAAUACAGAUAUACAGUACACAUUUAUUCUUUGUUUCAGUGGCAGUCCAGACCAACCUGGUCCCCCCCAAGAAGGUGCAUGCAGGCAUGCUUCAAUCCAGCCUGGUGCAAGCUAGUGUGGCCACCAUGCAGAACCCAAUGGGCUGCACUCUACCAAGGCUCUCCGUUACCUCUCGCGCCCCCAGCAUGGUGGCCAACAUGGAGGUAGGGACUGAUGGCUCAGCUCCGUUUACCAUGAUGAAGUUGAAGACAGUGCUGGCAGUAUUCGUGGUAGUGGUUGCCUACCUGGUGGCUGGGGGAUUGAUGUUCCAGGCACUGGAGCAGCCAUUUGAAAACAAUCAGAAGAUCACCAUAACAGCAGAGAAGGCAGCCUUCCUGCAGAGACACCCAUGUGUAUCUCCGGAUGAGCUGGAGACUGUUAUCAAGCAUUCUGUGGAGGCUGUGAAUGCCGGAGUGAAUCCCAUCGGUGAUACCUCCUACAACUCCAGCCACUGGGAUCUAGGAAGUGCCUUCUUCUUUGCUGGAACUGUCAUCACGACCAUAGGAUAUGGUAACAUUGCACCAAGUACAGAGGGAGGGAAGAUUUUCUGUAUUCUUUAUGCAAUAUUUGGCAUCCCGUUGUUUGGAUUCCUCCUGGCAGGCGUUGGGGACCAGCUAGGUACCAUAUUUGUCAAAAGCAUUGCCAAAGUAGAGAAAAUGUUCCGGAAUAAACACAACCAGAUAAGUCAGACUAAAAUCCGUGUGGCCUCUACCCUCCUCUUCAUCCUGGCUGGCUGCAUCUUGUUUGUUACCAUCCCAGCUGUGAUCUUUAAACACAUUGAGGGCUGGACUGCUCUGGAGUCAACAUAUUUUGUUGUCAUCACUCUGACAACAGUUGGAAUAGGAGACUACGUAGCAGUGCUGGAUGUGCCCGGGAAAAAUCCUCUCGAAGCUGAAGCACCUUUACUCCCCCAGUUUUCAUCACUAUCUCCAUCCUCACUUUUAUUGGAGCUAUCAUCUCCUUUUUGCAAGUCCUUUUUCCUUGAUGUCUUGUCCCCUUUCUUUUCCGCUCUAGCCAGUAUCCGCCUAACUGCAGGGUCAUAGCCACCCAAAGUUUCCCUCUGAGUCACUCUGAUCAGUGUUAUCUCUAAAGUUUGUCCUCCUGAUCCUCAAUCCUCCUUUUGUUUCCAGUCGUGUUGUUCUCUUCUUGCUUUUUGAACUUGGAUACAUCUUUAUGGUGGUGUCAGCUUGUCCAAAUUCAAGUAUUCUGUCCUCGUCAUCCAUAAUCCGAUAGCUUCCUUCUUGACUAAUCACUGGGAGCUGAGGAUAAAGUUCCACUUUCUUUUCAUAAGGUGGAGGUUUCUUCUCUGGGUCCGCAUGUGAGAAAGGUGUAUUAACUUCAGCCAUUAGUUUUUCUGUUUGCUUGGCUGUUUUUCCUAUUUCUUCCAUGCCUUUUUCUUUUUUCUCCUUUGCAGCCUUGGUCCACUUCUGUCCCUCAUUUUCAAACAACUGGAGCAUCACACGUUCUGUACGUCUCUUUUCUUUACGUUUGUCUCCCUUUUCCCCUCUUUUUUGUUCUGCUUUAUGUGUAGGUUGUAGAUACAACCACCUGUAGUUUUUUUAAUUACAUCAGCGCGUUAGCGCUAGCUGUAAAGACAUGC